AUGACUUAUGCAGCUACUUCGUCGUCUCCCGCCGUAAAUGGCGACACCCAACCGAGUUUAAAACUUACCACCUCGCGCUCCAAACCCCCCAAGCAACAUCAUGUUCUUGCUCCAUCGUCGGUUCCUCCUGCCUUGGCUCCCACCUAUGUUUCCUCCUUUACAAAUACCCCUAAUUCCUUACGCCCUCUCUACCACCCGUCGAAUGAUUCCAGUCCCUCGGGGACUCCUUUUCUACACGCCGCCGACUCUCUUCGAAGUCGAAUCACUCCACUUCCUCUCAUCCCUCCUACCUCCUUCGAGCUGGGAGAAAGCGCCAUGGCUGUUCCUGCAACCACUGGUACCUCCGCUUCUGGAGACUCGCCCACCCAGAACUCAAACAAAGGGCCCGGGCUGAUGCGUAGGAUCUCCCGAGGCGCAGCGAGUAAACUAACAAGACGACGACAGUCAACCUCACAUAAUGCCAAACGUGACCGCAGCUCCGGUCCCGUUAUCAUGCGCAGGCGCAGUGAUAGCAAGACUGGAACUCAGAAUGGCCGAGAUAGUGCUCUUGAAUCCAGCUACGAGGAAGAUAGCAAUGAUGCUCUAGAUUCCCUGGGUGCCUGGUGCGGCCCAGAGGGCACUAACUUUCCAGGUGAUAGUGUUGCAGCUGUUUCCCGGAAUGCUGGGGCCGUCGCACCUACAGUUGAUUCCAUCAUCCAGCGUGGUACUAUCCUAACCAAAGUAACGAAGAAACGAAGAAAGCAAGUACGCUUUCUUCUCGACCUUGACGCGGGUAAGGUCUUUUGGGAUCCAUCGAACCCAACUAAACGGUUUUAUAUCGAUGAUAUUAAGGAGAUUCGCGUUGGCGCGGAUGCGCGAAACUACCGCGAGGAACACCAGGUUCCUCAGGACGCUGAAAGUCGAUGGUUCACAAUCGUCAUUGCAGAUCCCGAGCGCUCCAAGGGUCGCCCUGUCAAGACAAUUCAUCUCAUUGCCCCGAAUGAUCAUAUCUUGGAAGUCUGGACCAUGACCCUUGAGCACAUUUCACGAUAUCGGAUAGGGCUUAUGGCUGGCCUGGCUGUUUCUAGCCAGAAUGAAGCGGCGCUGAAAGCCCACUGGCAACGUGAAAUGGCCCGAUUAUUUCCCAAGGGGAUGAAGCCAGGAGACACUGAGACUCUUGAUUUUGCAGCAGUUGAAAGUGUGUGCCACAGCCUGCAUAUCAACUGCUCUCAGAAUAUGCUUCGCGCUCAAUUCACCAAGGCUGACUGUGGCAACAAAGGAAAAUUGAACUUUACCGAGUUCAAAGACUUUGUCACAAGACUGAAAGAGCGAAGGGAUGUGCGGGAUAUUUUCAAGAAUAACACUCGUGAUUACCGUGAAGGCCUCACAGAGGAGGAGUUCUUGGCUUUCCUUCGCGAUGUGCAAAACGAGGAUGUUGACUCUGACCGUGCGUAUUGGAUUUCGAGUUUCGAUAAGUUUAUUAGAAAGUCGAGAUCGCGCGCUCCAAGCCUUCCCGAGUCUUCUGUUGAAGCACCGCCUCGUCGGAUGAAUCUAGAUGCCUUUUCCUCAUUUCUGGCCUCCGCUUGUAACGGGAUUUACGCCUCUCGCCCUCCCCAGUCGAGAUUCGAUCGACCGUUGAAUGAAUAUUUUGUCUCGAGUUCGCACAAUACUUACCUUCUUGGACGACAGGUUGCUGGUGCGUCAAGCACAGAGGCGUACAUUACUGCGCUGUCCCAGGGAUGUCGGUGUAUCGAAAUUGAUUGCUGGGAUGGUGCAGAUGGUAGACCUAUCGUAUCGCACGGAAGGACUAUGACCACAAGCGUUUUGUUUGCCGACUGUAUCACCGUGAUUAACCGAUACGCCUUCGUCACCAGCGACUUUCCCUUGAUCAUAUCUCUGGAAGUGCACUGUAACCCCGAGCAGCAGCUAGCAAUGGUAAAAAUAAUGAAGGACUCCUUCGGAGACCAGCUUAUUCUAGAGCCCCUUUUGACCAACUCAUUCAUUCUCCCAUCGCCUGAGGAACUCAAGCAUCGCAUUCUGAUUAAGGUGAAGACUUGUGAUGAGGUGCAGGGAAAUGCGCGCCAGGACUCGAACAGCUCCUUUCUCCCAACUGGCCGAAAGCGCAGCUCAAGCUCCCCGUUUAUGCGCCCUACGAUACCCGAUACUCUGGCUGUUCCAUACCUCCCUCCGCUCUCAAGUCCGCCAACCGUUGGGCCGGACGGCCCUGGGCCGUUUUUGGCAGCGGAGAGAAGAUCCCUUACCACCACGAGUAUGAGUAGUGCCACGGAGGACAGCGACGGUGCACCUGUGUCAGUCAAGAAGGAAAGGAAAAAGCGCCAGAAGAGCAAAAUCACUAAACCCUUAUCAGACUUGGGGGUUUACACACGUGGCUAUAAGUGGCACAGCUUCCUCUCUCCUGAAAGCCAAACAUUUAACCACGUGUAUUCCUUUGCGGAACGGUCUUUCGAAAGCAUCUGCCGGGAUUCCAAUAACAAGGCUCUCCUCGAGAAACACAACCGAAAAUGCCUGACACGGGUGUACCCUUCGGCCUUCCGUCUUCGAUCAUCCAACUUUGAUCCCUUGAAGUUUUGGCGGCGCGGGGUGCAAAUGGCCGCGUUAAACUGGCAGACUUACGACGUCGGAAUGCAGAUGAAUCAGGCCAUGUUUGCUGCGGGGAGUGAUCGCACUGGCUAUAUUCUCAAACCGGAGUCUCUUCGCACUGCCCCAUCAGACGGAGAUCUGAAGGCACUGGAACGGAAGCUUGUUCGAUUCUCUGUGGAUGUCAUCUCUGCCCAGCAACUCCCGCGACCUCGAAGCAUCCCGCCUGAUGGUAGUAUCAACCCGUAUGUGGAGAUCGAGAUGUUCAGCGCGGACGAUCGCGGCCAGAGCUUUGUCUUCGGCGAAGGCGGUAUGAACGCUUCCGCCCGAAAUGGCAUGUCCGGCAUUGGUUACCCACACCGCCGACGUACGAGAAUCGAGCAAAGAAACGGAUACAGCCCGAAUUUCAACGAUAGUUUCCGCCUGUCGCUGGAGACUAAAUAUCCCGACCUGGUCUUUGUUCGGUGGACUGUAUGGAGCUCAAUGGAUGGUCGAAGCACGGGGAAUAACAGCAGUGUCCAAUUGGCCACCUUCACCGCUAAGCUGACAAGUCUUUCACAAGGCUACCGUUACUUACCCUUGUACGAUGGGAGCGGUGACCAGUACUUGUUCUCGACGUUGUUCUGCAAAAUCACCAAGGAAGAUCCUAUCUCUGUCCGCCGACUCGGUGCUGAAGAGCUUAGGGCUGAACGAAUGGGCAUCCUACGUCAAAUCGGCCAGACAGUUUUCAAGCGCACUUCAUCGACCGAAAGAGACAGAGAUACUCAGUCGGACAGGGGAAUCGAUACACCAAUAUCUCCAGAGGACAAAGAUGCUUCUCCAGCUUUGACACCAACGGUUUCUACAACCUCCACUGCAUCUCUGCUGUCGUGA